UAAAAGAUGCUCCUUGGGAUGAAGUGCCACUGGCUCACUCCCUGGUGGGUUUUGCCACUGCUUACGACUUCUUGUACAACUACCUGAGCAAGAUGCAGCAGGAAAGGUUUCUUGAAGUGAUAGCCAAUGCCUCAGGAUAUAUGUAUGAAACGUCAUACAGGAGAGGAUGGGGCUUUCAAUACCUGCACAAUCAUCAGCCCACCAACUGCAUGGCGCUGCUCACAGGAAGCCUCAUCCUGAUGAAUCAAGGAUAUCUGCAGGAAGCAUACUUAUGGACCAAACAAGUCCUGACCAUCAUGGAGAAAUCCAUAGUCUUGUUGCGAGAGGUGACUGAUGGCUCCCUGUAUGAAGGAGUGGCAUAUGGCAGCUACACCACCAGAUCUCUGUUCCAGUAUCUGUUCCUUGUGCAGAGGCACUUUGGCAUCAACCACUUUAGCCAUCCUUGGCUUAAACGACACUUUGCAUUUAUGUAUAGAACCAUCUUGCCAGGGUUUCAAAGAACUGUGGCUAUUGCAGACUCAAACUACAACUGGUUUUAUGGUCCAGAAAGCCAGUUAGUGUUCCUGGAUAAAUUUGUCAUGCGUAAUGGCAGUGGAAACUGGCUGGCUGACCAGAUCAGAAGGAACCGUGUGGUGGAGGGUCCAGGAACUGCAUCCAAGGGGCAGCGCUGGUGCACUCUGCACACUGAGUUUCUCUGGUAUGAUGCCAGCCUGAAAUCAAUUCCUCCUCCAGAUUUUGGCACCCCUACGUUGCAUUAUUUUGAAGACUGGGGUGUUGUGACUUACGGAAGUGCACUACCUACAGAAAUUGACCGCUCUUUCCUUUCCUUCAAGUCAGGGAAACUUGGGGGACGUGCAAUAUAUGACAUUGUCCACAGAAACAAAUACAAAGACUGGAUCAAAGGAUGGAGGAAUUUUAAUGCAGGGCAUGAACAUCCUGACCAGAACUCAUUUACUUUUGCUCCUAAUGGUGUGCCUUUCAUUACUGAGGCUCUCUAUGGGCCAAAGUACACAUUUUUCAACAACGUUUUAAUGUUUUCUCCAGCAGUGUCAAAGAGCUGCUUUUCUCCCUGGGAAGGCCAGGUCACAGAAGACUGCUCAUCUAAAUGGUCUAAAUACAAGCAUGACCUGGCAGCAAGCUGUCAAGGAAGAGUGGUUGCAGCAGUGGAGAAAGAUGGAGUGGUGUUCAUCCGAGGAGAAGCUGUGCGAGCUUAUAGCCCCCAGCUGAAGCUGAAGAGCAUUCAGAGGAAUCUGAUCCUCCUCCACCCACAGCUUCUCCUCCUUGUGGACCAGAUACACUUGGGAGAGGAGAGCUCUCUUGAGACAGUAGCAAGUUUCUUCCACAAUGUGGAUGUUCCUUUCGAAGAGACAGUGGUAGAUGGGGUCCAUGGGGCUUUCAUCAGGCAGCGAAAUGAUCUGUAUAAAAUGUACUGGAUGGAUGACACUGGUUACAGUGAGAAAGCAACCUUUGCCUCAGUGACAUACCCUCGGGGCUAUCCCUACAAUGGGACAAACUAUGUGAAUGUCACCAUGCACCUCCGCCGGCCCAUCACCAGGGCAGCUUACCUCUUUAUAGGACCAUCUGUGGAUGUGCAGAGCUUCAGCAUCCAUGGGGACUGGCAACGACUGGAUGUGUUCAUAACCACCAGUGAGCAUGCCUAUGCAACUUACUUGUGGACAGCUGACACCACGGGACAGUCUGCCUUUGCACAGGUUAUUGCAGAUCAUCAGAAAAUUCUGUUUGACCAGAGUUCUGCCAUCAAGAGCACCUCUGUCCCUGAGCUGAAGGACUAUGCUGCUGUUGUGGAACAGAACCUGCAGCAUUUUAAGCCAGUGUUCCAGCUGCUGGAGAAGCAGAUCCUGUCCCGAGUCCGGAAUACGGCAAGCUUUAGGGAGACUGCUGAGCGCCUGCUAAGAUUUUCAGACAAGAGACAGACUGAAGAAGCCAUUGACAGGAUUUUUGCAAUAUCACAACAGCAGCAGCAGCAUAGUAAGUCAAAGAAAAGCCGAAGGGGAGGCAAGCACUACAAAUUUGUGGAUGCAGUCCCUGAUAUUUUUGAACAGAUUGAAGUCAAUGAGAAAAAGAUUCGACAAAAAGCUCAGAUUUUGGCACAGAAAGAGCUACCCAUAGAUGAAGAUGAGGAAAUGAAAGACCUUUUAGAUUUUGCAGAUGUAACAUAUGAAAAGCAUAAAAAUGGGGGCUUGAUGAAAGGUCGGUUUGGACAGGCACGAAUGGUGACGACUACACACAGAAGAGCCCUGUCACUGUCUGCUUCAUAUACCAGACUGUUCUUAAUUCUGAACAUUGCAAUUUUCUUUGUCAUGUUGGCAAUGCAACUGACAUAUUUCCAGAGGGCCCAGAGCCUACAUGGCCAAAGAUGUCUUUAUGCAGUCCUUCUGAUUGACAGCUGCAUCUUACUAUGGCUGUAUUCCUCUUGUUCCCAGUCGCAGUGUUAGCCUUGAAGCUAUGAAUUAAUUGCUUGAUCAUUUUAUGAUCACAUGAGUCUAUGCAAAAAAAAAAAAAAUCAUUGCUCCACUUACUGAAAUUUUUCCCCAGGUUCAUUUUAAUAUUUUUCAUAAGAAAGAAAGAGCAUGGAGAAAUCAGGAUUGGAGCAAGCAAAGAAUGUAUCGAAGGCUUGAGAGGAGCUUGAUUGUCCCCUGGUGUUUCUUGACUUGUCUGACUUUUCCAACUUAGCAGUCCUCAUAGUACUACUUUUAGAAGGAAUAAAAUGUCUUUUUUUUUUAAAUAAUGUUUUUUCUUAAAAGAAACAAAAGACUUAGAUAAAACUAGGUUUUAUUAUCAUUAAUUUAAUGCUAUUACUAAUUUCCAGAUACUAUAUUAUGAAAAAGACUGAAGCACACAGUUGUAAGAAAUACAGACUUUUUGUUACGACAGGACCUGAAUACUUUUUCAUAUGAUGUAAUAAAAAUGCUAGUAGAAGAUUGUUAAAAACCUCUUUGUUUUCAGUUGCUUGCUGAUGUUUAGCCCCUUCAAAUCUGUAAUUGGUUGAUUUAAUGCAUUCAUUGAUUUUUCAAUACGAGACAAUUAUAGAUCGAAAACUUAUACAUCUGGUGACUAAAAUUAUCAAAAUAAAAUGUUGUAUAUUCUGAGUUUCAAUACCAAAGAAUAUGGGAGAUCUAAUCUGGAUAUGAAUCUUAUGAUUUUUUAAUUGAAAACUUUCUUUGGGUUUAUUUUGCUAAAUAAAUAGAGCAU